UAAGUUUUGAAUCAAAUGGACAUGUUUUCCUUCACUUUCUUGGCCUUUGUUUUCUUACUUGCACAAGAGGCAACAGCAGAUCAUGUUGGAAGGACCGCCACAGUAGGGACGGAACACCACGUCAGGGGCAGCAUAGGGGCGAUAGUAGAUGACAGCAAUCGAGCUGGGAAAGAACAGAAAGUGGCUAUGGAAAUGGCGAUUAAGGAUUUUUAUGACAGGACAAAUCAAAGUUUCGAUCUUCACAUGAAAAUUUGUCGAGGGGAACAACCUUAUCAGGAAGCUCUUGCAGCUUGGGAUCUUAUCAAUAAACAGGAAGUCCAAGCUAUAAUCUCACCAGGGACGUGGGAAGGAGCUUCUCUUGUUGCAGAGAUUGGUAACCAAGCUAAAAUCCCAGUCCUUUCUAUUGCUGACUCGACUCCACUCUGGGCAUUAAAGCGGUGGCCCUUCCUGCUCCAAGCUUCCCCAAACCAGAAUGCACAAAUGAAAGCCAUUGCUGCUAUUGUUCAGUCCUGGGAAUGGCAUCAGAUCACUGUAAUUUAUGAAGACAUCGACUCUUUUCGCAGUGGAGUCAUGCCUCAUCUUUCUGAGGCCCUGCAAGAAGUAGGAGCAGAAAUAAGCAAUCUUUUAGCCCUCUCACCAUUUUCUUCUCCUUCACUGUCUAAAGAACUUGAAAGGCUUAAAGGUGAACAAUGCAGAGUUUUUGUGGUUCAUUUGUCCUUGCCAUUGGCUGUGCAACUUUUUGAGAGGGCUAAAGAAAUGAACAUGAUGGAGAUAGAUUAUGUCUGGAUCACAACCGAUCCCCUUACAAGCCUUGUCCAUUCUCUCAAUGCCUCCACCAUUUCUUCCAUGCGAGGAACUUUAGGAAUCAAGAGCUACUUCCCCCAAGAAAAUCCCAAUUUUCAAGACUUCUAUAAUAGAUUUCGUAGAAAGUAUAGCUUGGAAAAUCCAGAAGAGGAGGACAAUCAUGAACCUGGGACUUUUGCAGUGCAGGCCUAUGAUGCUGUGUGGACAGUGUGCCUAGCAAUGAGAGAAAGCAGCAAGGGUGGCAAACAAUUAUUAGAUAAAAUGAUGCUAAGUGAAUUCAACGGCUUGAGUGGAAAGGCUCGGUUUCUUGACAGGAGAGUAGCUCCUGCACAUAGAUUUCAGGUCAUCAAUGUGAUUGGGAAGAGUUAUAAUGAACUUGGGUUCUGGUCAGAUAGAUUGGGUUUCUCAGUGACCAUUGAUGAAAAAAGUCAGUACAAUCCUUCAAUGAGAGGCUUGGGGCAGGUGUUUUGGCCUGGUGGACCUUUGAUCACUCCAAGAGGAUGGACUCCCCCAACAGAUGCCAAACCACUGAUAAUUGGUGUACCCACAAAAUCGAGUUUCAAAAAAUAUGUGAAUGUAAUCCUCGGUAACUCAACAAACACUACUCAUUUUGAUGGAUUUGCAAUCGAUCUGUUCAAAGCAACCGUUGAAAGGCUGCCAUUCUACUUGCCAUACAAUUUCACUUCCUAUAAUGGAACAUAUGAUAACAUAGUGAAGCAGGUUCAUUUAAAGAAAUUUGAUGCAGUAAUUGGUGAUAUAGCCAUAGUGUCCAAGCGAUAUCAACAUGCAGAAUUUACAAUACCCUACACAGAAUCAGGAUUGGUGAUGAUAGUUCCCGCUCGCCCCCAAAGCAGCAGUGAUAGAGCAUGGCUAUUCAUGAAGCCCUUCACAAAAGCCAUGUGGGUCCUAAUAGGAGCCAUAACUGUCUACAAUGGCUUUGUCAUCUGGUUGAUAGAGCGAAAGCAUUGCCCUGAAUUCAAAGGUUCCGGAUUGAAUCAAAUGGGCACCUUGCUUUCUUUAGCCUUCACUACUCUCUUCUCCUUACAUGGGGGAAAACUGCACAGCAAUCUGUCGCGGAUGGCAAUGUUGGUGUGGCUGUUUGUGGCACUUGUCCUCACUCAAACUUUCACUGCUAACCUCACCACUAUACUCACAUUGCAGCGGCUUGAACCCACAGUAAGUGACGUUGAGUCGCUGCGGAAAGGCAAUGCAGUGGUUGGAAACUGCAGGGGAUCUUUUGUGGCAAGUUAUUUGGAGGAGGCCUUAGAAAUCCACCCCCGAAACAUUAAGAAUUAUGACUCUCCUGCAGAAUAUGUUCAGGCACUUAGAAGCCAGGAAAUUGCAGCUGCCUUUCUUGAAGUUCCUUAUGCCAAAUUAUUUCUGGCAAAAUAUUGCAAGGAGUUUACAACAGCUGGGCCGACUUUUAAAGUUGGAGGAUUCGGAUAUGUAUUUCCAAAGGGUUCUCCACUGCUUCCUGAGGUAAAUAAAGCACUACUGAAAGUAUUUGAGAGUGGUGAAUUACUUGAUUUAGAGACCAGCAUGAUUACAUCCCAGAGAUGUGUGGACAUGGAAAUGAUUGAUGACAUUUCAAGUCUUAGCCCCAGUAGCUUUUGGGUUCUAUUCCUUCUAACGGCAGGUACAUCUACAGCUGCUCUUGUGGUCUAUGUUGUUGCUCACAAAUUGUUUGGACAUAGAACCAUCUGGACACUCGUGUUGGCUGUAAUGAGACAUUGGUGGCAUCUGAGGAAGUCAUUCUCUCGAAGAGUCAGCAUCACUGAAAGAUCUGGAAAUUUCUCAAACACAUAUAAUUCUAGGACCCAGGUGUAAAAAAAUUUUUGAGGCAAUGGCAUGGGAGAAAGGAUUUUGCUAUAAAUCUUCCCAAGGCUUCCCAUUUACAGAAGUAGAAACACUAGCGCCAUUUGCACAGCAAGACUAGUUCAGUCCUAUUGCAGGCUUAAAUACUGUUGUUUUGCAGCUGCUAUAUAGAACUGAAGAUAAGGAGUCUGGAGGAAGCAACUAGCACUUCAGGGCC